AUGCAGUCGUAUGGAUUUUUUGGUACGAAAAUGAAGGGAAUUAUUGUUUUGGUAUUCUGCACCGUUUAUUCCGUCCAAGCAUGGAACGAAAUUAUCAGCCCUAUCAACAUCGAAGGUCAAACUGGUCACCUCCCGGCUAAGUACCUGCCCCUGACUGCUGCCGACAAGCAUGCCGUGCGUAAGGCAGCGUCCUUUGUCGGCUUCAUCAAACAUAUGCCUCAAGUCAAUCCUCUUCAAUUAGCGAGUUUGGGACCAUACCAUAUAUCUAUGCCAGAAUAUAAUAUCGAGGCUAACGUAGCGUUAGCAAAUGUGGUCGUGACUGGAAUCAAGAACCUUGCUUUGAAUAAUCUCGAAAUGCGCAUGACCAAUUCCAGAGUAGACUUUAAUGCCAGUCUGCCUGAAGUUGCUGCUAGUGGUAGUUUCCAAUUGAGCGGAGUUUAUGCAGGCCAACCUUUGAACAUUGUUGGCCAAGUGAGCGUAAUUCUCAAAGAUUUGGUAGCUGCGAUAGCUGAAGGAAAUAAACUAGCAAUGUCUCUUGGGCAAAAAGUGUACCAAAUUGAGAGCGCCGAUGUCAAAAUAUUCGUAGGAAGUGCCCAGGUAUCAAUGAACAUGAAUCAGUAUUCGGAUGAAUUCCGAGCAUUCGCUACUCACUUCCUGAAGAACACAUCGAUUUACCCGAACACGGUGAACAACAUCGUUCGCAACGUGUUAGCUGCCAUUAGCGUGGAGCUCUCCAGGUUCAACGCUGAUGAUCUCCUCAACUAUCUCGUUGCAGACGGAAAGCCACCACAGCUCUUCAAAAACCAAUAACUGCAUUAUCACUAAAUAUAUGUAUAACUAAAUAAAUAAUGCUGGAUUAAAUUCAUUAAAUAAA